UCCUUCACCUGCACUCCGGUGUUUUUUAUUCCCGCAUCAGCGCCCUGGACUGGCGUGCAGCGUGAGCGCAACUUCAGAGCCGCUCCAGCUGAUGAGGACGCAGCGGUGAACCCGGGGGGAAAAAGCUGCUGAUCUCGGAGAUCUGCUGAGUUCCUGGCGAGAGCAAUCCGCGGGGAGGUGUGCUAAGUAACGGAGGAAGGGGAAACAUGCAGCAGGCGAAGUGACGGGGACCAGGUAGCCGACUUUACGCACCAGCAGCAGCACAGCAGCAGCAGCAGCAGCGCUCCCUCUCACUGAACUUUACGCAGCGCCCUGGACGCGAUGGCUGCGGCUGUGUCCCUGGGAGAAGUUGGAGGCGUCAUGCACGGCAUCGACACUAGCGUGCACCACGGAUCCUACGUGUUCCUCGGCCCUCCGGGGGACAGUCCACCCCUGCUGGGGGAGCACCUCCUACCCGGAGACCGGCUCCACCAGAGCACCACGGCGGAUUUAAUGCAUUUAAAAGGGAUUAACAGGAGGAGACAGCUGUACUGCAGAACUGGAUUUCACCUGGAAAUACUUCCGGAUGGCACAGUGAAAGGAACUCGGGACGACCACAGCCGAUUUGGUAUUUUGGAAUUCAUAAGCAUUGCUGUUGGAUUGAUAAGCAUUCGAGGGGUGGACAGCGGGCUUUACCUGGGCAUGAACAACAAAGGAGAGUUGUAUGGCUCUGAAAAGCUCUCAAGGGAAUGUGUCUUCAGGGAGCAGUUUGAGGAGAACUGGUACAACACAUACUCAUCCAACGUCUACAAACACAGAGACAAAGAGACACGAUACUAUGUAGCAUUGAAUAAAGAUGGGACACCAAGGGACGGGACAAAAUCCAGACCGCACCAAAAAUUUACACACUUCCUGCCCAGGCCUGUGGAUCCUAACCGCGUACCGAAGCUGCACAGAGAUAUCCAGGGACACAGCUGAGACACGGAGGGCUCGUGGUCCAGAUCAGGAAUAGCUUCUAUGAGCCCUGGCAGGCAAAGGAAGCAGACAGAGAGAAGAAGGACGCAGGCGGGGACGAGGCCGAUGCCGGCUGGUUGACAGCAGCCGGACCGGCAGGGAUAAAGGCACCGGGGCCUCUUGUAGGAAUGCACGGGGCCAUCUCUCAGGGGCCACGAAGACAGAAUGCCCCGACAUGAGGGGCUCGUUUGUUCCAGGGGCCGCACCACACCGAAAAUACCUGGGACACAAACGGGAAGCGGAGCUGCGUGGUCACAGAGCAUCCCCUCUGUCGUCUGCUGGACAGAGAUACCAGCCGUCAUGGAGUGUGUGGGAACCUGUUAUAUCGUAAUAUUAUACCUGGGUGCUGCAUCAGAGAGUUUUAGGUUGUUAUAAAGGACUUUGAAGGAUUUUUUUUUUUUUUGGUCAUACAAGUCAAUACCUGUUUGAAAAGAGCAGAGUGUAAACGUUUAUUUAUUCAAUAUAUAUUUAUACAAUAUAUUUAUUUAUUUGAGAAUAUAUUUUUACAGGUAGAACCAUACAACAUAGAAAGAUCAUUAGAAACUUUAUCAACUGUAUAAACACUGUGCCGAUAUUCCUUUUCGUUGAAAGAAGCUCAGUCAUUGAUAAACUGUAAUCUGACCAAAAUAUAAGAUUCAUAAACAAACUUUAAAAUACCCCCCACAUCUAGUAGGUAGAUUUAUGUUUCUUAUAUUCUAUCACAAUGUGGCUACUGACGUUCAUUUUCUAAAAAACAUUUUUUGAAUACAAUUAUUUUGUCCAAACUACUGUUACGUGUGUUGUAAAAGGAAUCUGAAAUCAACAAACUGAGAAAAAUAACAAUAAAUUACUCAAAAUUUGAUCAAAAUGCCUUUUUUUUUCAUCUUGUAGGAUCAGAGAUGGAGCUGUUUUAUUUUCU